CAAAAAGGCCAAGAUCUAACCAUAAGGCAGUGGCAAGAAGGAUUAAGGUCAAGUUCUCUACUUCAGAAAAGCUUCACUGGCCUGAGCAAGAACUUGCUAAGAAGUCUAUUCUAAAUGCAGAAGAGUCCUUGAUUAUUGGCAGCAAAGGAAGCAUUUCACAUUUAUCUCCUGGAAUACUAAAGGACAUUUUCACAACUGGAACCAGUAGUUACAAUGUCCUACUACAGAGCAAAGAGGAGAAAAAGCAUCAUUCACAAAAACAGUCUUCCUCCACCUACUCCAAAAGAUGUAGAAAACCCAGCAAAUCUAGCUCUUCACGUAGUAAAGAUCUUCGCAAGAUGAAAGCCCCGGUGCCUGUGAUGAGCAGUGAUACUUGGUACUGCCUAGAAAGGCAGCCUGCUGUUUUUGUCACUAGUUCAGUGUCAAGUCCUGUAAAGUUUACACAUGAUAUCUCUGUUACAGGAAACAGCACAGUACUGCCACCUAAACCCAAAAAUGAAAGAAAGGUCAAGCGACGCCAUUUCUCCACUCUUCCAAAGCCAAAGCUGCAGCCUCAGCUGUCUAGAAGUUUUGAAAAAGGAGAUGACUUUUCUGGAAAGAAAUUUUGUAUACUGAGUGCUAUAAAGCCCACCAACUUGGAGAAAGAAAAAGUGAGAUUCUUUAAGUCUGACUAUACCUACAAUCCUCAGUUUGAAUAUGCUAAUCCUUCUCUGCCAAGUGUGUUAGCCAAGCACAGCAACGCAACUGACCGGUUUCUUAAGCAGUCCAUCAAUAUUAUGGAACUGACUUUACAAAAGUAUGGAAGCUAUGAAAAAUUUGAACAGGCCACUGGUGGUAGCCUGCUAUCUAAAACUCGAAUCUGGAGUCAUGUUAGGAAAUACAUGAUGAAAGAAGGCUGCAUGGGUGAGAUUGUAGUUCACCUCACUGAGGACCUGCUUUCCCGAGCUUCCAUGACAGUAGUAAAUGGAUGUCCAACACUGACCAUCAAUGUUUGCACCGCACGUGAGCAUUGGCUGGAAGGAAUGCUGAGGCAUGAAAUAGGCACACAUUACUUUCGAGGUAUUAACAACCUUCAGCAGCCAUGGAACAGUUGGACUGGCCGUAAAAAACAUGACCUAAAGCCAAACAAUCCCACAGAGGAAGGACUGGCAAGUAUUCACAGUGUCCUGUUUAGAAAAGACCCCUUUUUAUGGAGGGCUGCCCUCCUCUACUACACUGUUUAUCGAGCCAGCCACAUGUCUUUUUGUGCAUUAUUCAAAGACAUUGGAAAGUUUGUCAAGGACCCCAAUACAAGAUGGGAUUAUUGUGUACGAGCCAAGAGGGGAUGGACUGAUACCUCCCAACCAGGGUGUUUCAGUAAAGACCAGGUAUACUUGGAUGGUAUCCUGCAAAUCCUCCGAUAUAGAGAGACCAUUGACUUUCAUCUACUUACGGCCCUGGGGAAGGUCUCUUACGAAGAUGUGGAUCGCUUAAAAGGAUUGGCAGUUACUGAAAACAUGAGGGUCCCUCACUUUCUGCAGGACCAUGGCCGAUAUAUGGAACACUUAGAGAAGAUCAUGGAAGUGAAUGAACUGACUGACAGGGAACUGAAAGAUCUUAUAUAUUAAUUAGCAUUCUUGCAAACAUAGCUAAGCUAUACCUCUAUGUAUAUUACCAAUUAGGUGCAGUUAGCACCAGCAGAUUUAUAAAAGAAGAAUGACUGUUUACAUGAGUUUUCUGAAGAAUGGUCUGCAGUAUUCAGCUGAAUAUUUAGGUUAAGAACAAACUUUAAACUGUUUCCCUAAAAUGUUUCUAUAGGCUACAGGGGAAAGUUACUCCUGUUUUCAUCUGAAUCUCAACAGAGUCAGAUGAAAAUACUGCUGAUGGGUGUUUUUGAGGAAUCUUGGUCAAACUGAGUGAUAAACUUCUGCCUGAGAACCAAGACCAGCUCUUACUAGAGAUGGAAUUCCUGUGUUGUUCAAACUUCAAGGUAAUAUUUUAUUUAAUAAAUAAUGGUAAUUAUUCUCCUUUGAAAAAUUAGUCUGUGUUA